CACGUCGAUAACAACGACCAAAGUCCUACGACCUUCAGUUACCUGUGAAGAAAAGUUUUCAGAGCGUCAGCUCUCUCAAGUUUUGUCAUGCUUUCAGCAAGUGCACUUGUUGCGAGAGGAUUUAACCGUACCCUUGCUACAGUUUCUCUUCGAAGAGCUCUCUGUGUGCAGAGCAUUCGGUCGAGUAGUGAGGCUCAAAACAAACAGUCUCAAUAUCGACCCAACUUUCACAAUACUCGUAGCUUUUCGCUAUCUGCAGCCUCAGCACAGCUGGACUCUCCGAAACUACAAGAUGAGUUGGAGCUAGAUCCAUAUAAACUGAGAGAUGAAUGGGGAAAAGCAUCGUUUGAUGUGUCGCAAAUGACAUUCCUUCUGGAUCACGACAACCAAGAGAAAAGAGCGAAGUUUCGUAAAAUUCUCUCAGAAGAUCCGCUGAUGACCCCAAAAUACAACAUUUCUAUCGACGAAGAAAGGGAAUUGGCCCUGAAAAGACUGAAGAAACUCUGUGAUCAAGGAUUUAUAUCUGUGCUUGACUUCAGGAAUAACCCUCUGUGGAUCUUCGCAGCCCACGAGCUGGCCGCCGUGGUGGAUGCUGCAAUGACUACCAAAAUGACGGUCCAGUUUAACUUGUUUGGUGGUACUGUGUUGAAGUUGGGGACAGAGAGACACCAUGACAAGCUGUUAAAGGUAAUGGGAAGGUUUCCAUAUAACCCCAAUACAAUUGGCCGUAAUCCCAAAGGCAAUCUAUUGUUUUCACUGUUGUUUACUUUAAUUAUCGAAGAACUGUAUACAUAAUUGUAUUGGUUUGUGAAGAAAUCUUGCUAAGCUUAAGGCAAUUGCUGCAUGCAGUUUCAUGUUUUUAAUAAAUCAUUUCACAUACAAAGCUUCAUGGGUACUUCUUGUAAGUAAACAAGAAGGUUGUUUUCCACAAUCAAACAAGGGGACCAGACGUGUCUAUUUGUGAGGAGAACUUCACCACUAAUCAGCUGCCCACUUCAGUCAAAUCCAAAAUUAUAAGACAGUUUCAGAGUUUUUCUUAACUCUUUAACCCCUCAGAGAGACCAGCCUCUCAUUUCUCCUUACAAUAUCAUCCCUGAAUUACACAUUAAGGUCAUGAGAAUAAAGGAAAUGGUCUCCAACCAAUGAGUUCUUGAUUGCUAAACAAGUUCUUUAUGUCAGUACCUAAGGAGAUGUACGGAGAGCAGAAUGGAGAAUAUGCAUUUUGAUGUCAGGGUGUGAAGGGUUACAGUUUGGUUAAUCACUUGGGUCCCCAAAAUCAAGCCUGGUCUCCUCUUUAAGCCUUCAUUGGCAUCCUAUCUUACAUUAAGUAAGCACAUAAAGGGAAAUAAAUAAAAAAAAACCCUAAAGAAUCAGGAAAGGGAAAUUAACUUGGAUAAUGGCUUCACCUGUUCCUCCUAUGUAAAGUAUGCUUAGAAAUGUUCUUGUAAAUCAAAUUUAGGGUAUCGACACACUAGAGGAUGUGGGCUGCUUUGGUCUGACAGAACUUGGCUAUGGAAACAAUGCAGUACAGAUGGAGACAACAGCCACCUAUGACAAGGAGACCGAGGAGUUCAUUGUCAACACACCAACUCCUUUGGCACAGAAAUAUUGGAUCACCAAUGGUGCUUGUCAUGCCCAUCAUGUUGUUGUCUUCUCACAACUGUACAUUGAUGGUGUUAAUCAAGGUGGCUAUUUUACUCCAGGGUUAACAAGUUAUGUGAUACACCUGUCAGUUGGUUCCUCUGUCUGUUUCUUCCUCUCUUUUCUUCAAUUUUUUUAUGUCUCUUUUUACCUCCUUCUUCCCUCAACCCUCGCUCUUGUCCUUCCUCCUUACCUCCCUUCCUCCCUCCUUUCUUCCACCCUUACCUUCCUUUCCAAACUCCUUACUUCCCUUCCACCCUCCUCCCUUCUUUCCUUCCUUCCUUCCUUCUUCAUCUUCCAUUUCCACCCUCGUUCCUUCCUCCUUACCUUCCUCCUUACCUUCCUCCUUACCUUCCUCCUUUCUUCCUCUUACUUUUCUUCCACCCUUCUUCCUCCCUCCUCACCUCCCUUUCACCUUCCUUCCCUCCUCCUCACCUCCUUUCCACCUUCCUUCCUCCCUCCUCACCUCCCUUUCACCCUCCUUCCCUCCUCCUCACCUCCUUUCCACCUUCCUUCCUUCCUCCUCGCCUCCUCUCCACCCUCCUUCCCUCCUCCUUGCCUCCCUUUCACCCUCCUUCCCCCCUCCUUACCUCCCUUCCACCCUCCUUCCCUCCUCCUUGCCUCCUUUCCACCCUCCUUCCCCCCUCCUCACCUCCUUUCCAGCCUCCUUCCCUCUUCCUUGCCUCCCUUUCACCCUCCUUCCUUCCUCCUUACCUCCCCUCCUCCCUUGCCUCCUUUCCUCCCUCCUUCCCCCCCUCCCUUAUCUCCUAUCUUCUAUCCUUCCUUCUUUAGAAUUUGUUGAAUAGAACAACCUCUGGAUAACUGAACAUUUUUCUAUACUCUAUUUUAUAUCUAUCACACUCAAACAGCUUUGAGAAAGGCCAGUCAGGAGGUCUGUUCUCACAUUGAUACGUUUGUACAUGCACCAUAUUUAAUUUCUGGGGACAUGACCAUCAUCAAAUAUUUUCCAAUGCAAAAAAAAAAAAAAAGAUUAUAAUGUAGCGUCCCUGUUACAUGAGGGUCAUCAUAGCACAUUUACCUGAGGGUGUCAUGGAAAGAUUUUGGAGAUAUCUAUUGAAUACCAUGGUAGCUAUGAAAUUAAAGAUGGUUACCUCUCUUAUUUCAGGUAUCCAUGGUGUACUGGUUCCCAUUCGGGAUAAGGACCUGAAUGUGAUGCCUGGAGUUCAGAUUCAUGACAUGGGACAUAAAAUGGGUCUGAAUGGAGUGGACAAUGCUAAGUUCUACUUUGACAAUGUCCGUGUACCCAGAGAAAACCUGCUCAACUUGUCUUCUGAUGUUGCAGAGGAUGGAACGUACACAACAAAAAUAAAAGGCAGCAUCCGAAAUCGUUUUCUGGCAGUGGCAGACCAACUUCUCGCUGGGCGUUUAUGUAUAGCAAGCAUGGCCCAAGGUACAAGUUGUGUACACUUCAUAUAAUGGAUACCUGUGUGCUUGUCACCCAGGAGAAUGAAUUACCUUACUUCAGGGCCCAGUUGUAGAAAGGGUGUAUAAUGCUAUCUAACAGAUAAAUAGCAAUCUGGCAGUUAAGAGACAACAAAAUGUAUGGUGUUAUCCAUUGGUUUGAGUUUAUCCAGUGGAUUACAUUAUCCAACCUUCAUACCACUGGGGCCAGAUCUGUAAAUGUUGGGGGUGGGAAGGGGGUUAUAAAGGCUAAUUGGAGAUGGGAGGCUUGCGAAAGUUGUACUGGGGGCUAAAUUUGGGUCAUUGUUAAAUUCUCCUGAACUCUUGCUCAACUUGUCCUUUUAACUCCCUCAAGUGACCAAGACAGAAUAUCUCCUUACAAUAUCAAUACAAUAUCAAGCAGAUAAGUGGUUAGAAUUAAAAAAAAAUACCAAUAAGGAUUUUUUCAGGUGAUCAGAUACCAAAUUCCCAGAAUUAACAUCUUAAGAAUUGUAUUGUAGAUAGCAAGGAGAAUUACUGAUGAGAUGUUGCAAAAGGGUUAACGAGUGGGAGUCCUUGAGAAAUAAUUACAUAAAUUUUUGUGCUUGGCGAACCUACUGUGUGCAAUAUUCAAAAUGUAUACCAAAACAGGUUCCAAAUACAAUUAUAUUUUGAAUUGACAUGUUAAUUAGCCCAAUAGUUAAAUACUACUUGGAAAACCAUUUGCAUGUCUCAUUGUGGUUUGAUUUGGGGCAGAGAUAUCUACAUUACAGAAAUGGUGAAUAGUUUUUAGAGAUUAUGGGCUUUGCUAUAUAUGCAGACCGACCCCUUGCUUCAUGUUAUCCAUUUUGAUGUAACAGGUGCUUCAAAAGCUUGUCUUGCCAUUGCUCUUCGCUACUCAGCAACUCGUCUGACAGUGGGUCCAGAAGGCAAAUCUGACACACCUAUUCUCAAGUAUCAGCUCCAACAGAAUGCUCUGAUGCCUCUACUGGCUAUCACUUAUGCCAUUGAUUUUGCAUUGCAUUACAUCAAGGAUUGCUGGGCCUCCCAGGUAAAGUAGAAGGAGCAUUUUUCUAUUUCACUGAGGACAGGUGUUCUUGGAGAAAUGAAAUUUUAUUUUGAGAGAAGUCUGGAAAAUUUUAUGAAUGUUGUCUUGAAGGAAAGGGCUGUUUGCCAAGUAACGCUAAAAAUGUCAUGGAAAUUUCCUUCAUAGGCUACAGAUGGAUCUGACCAUGCAGAUGUAGUGACCAUGUGCUGUGUUAUCAAGGCCAUUGCUGGUUGGCAUGUAUCUGAAACAGGUGCCACUUGCCGCGAGAGGUGUGGAGGACAAGGCUAUCUGUCCUGCAAUAAAUUUGGCAUUGAUUUGGCCCUGUCACAUGCUUGUAUGACAGCUGAAGGUGACAACUCGGUCUUGAUGCAGAAGGUUGCCACUGAAAGGCUGAUGGUUUUUAAACCAGUGAAAGAUCAAGGUACAGCAAGCGAUGGCGCUGACCUGAGUGACCGCACGUACCUUCAGGCCCUGUUGAAGUCUCGUGAGAACAGACUGUUCACAUCUCUGGGGAAGAAGAUGAUGAAGGCUGGGAAGGAAGGAAGGUUUGACACCUGGAUGUUCCAGGAACAGGAUCUUGUCCAAGCUGCUGCACGUUCGUAUGGUGAACGGCUCAUCAGUGAAUGUUUUGGUGUAGCUCUUGAUAAAGCUGACCCUGGUCUGCAGCCAGUUCUAAAGAAACUUCAUCAUCUCUACCAGAUGACAGUCAUUAAGAGAGAUCUCGGCUAUUUUGCCACGUCGGGGCUGAUGUCUGCGGAAACUGGGGCAGAAGUGGGGAAGGUGACCGCUGACCUGUGUCGUGAAGUAGCACCACAGGCUCUUGCGUUGUGCGAUGCUUUUGGAUUCACUGAUGAAAUGCUCAAUGCCCCGAUCGCUAGGGAUUGGGUCAGAUACAACGCAAUCGAUAAUGAAGGAGAAGUUGAAGGAGUAGAGUAUUGAUUUUGCUCUGCAUAAUUUUUUUGACAAUCACGACUAUUGUGAAACGACUGUAUUAGUAAUCGCCAAAAGGUCACACUUGGCCAAUUGGAUGAUGUGGGAUCUUAAGAUUGAUAGCUUUCCUAGAGUGACGUAUUUGAAAUCCAUUUUAAUCCAUUGGGAUUUAUAUUACACAACCAUCGAAAUUGUAUUUCAAUUCAGAAUACUAGCAUGUUUGUCAGUUUUCUUAAUUUUUGGUGAAUAUUCAAGGUUCACGCCCAUCUCUUAUUUUAAUGUCGUUAAGAUUCUGUCAGGCUCUAUUUCGUUGAACGUUUUUAGUGGUUGUAGUGGUGAAGAGCAUACUUUAAGUCAUGUUUAUUUUAUCCGGACUUGAUGAGGUCAAGGAAAGGAAGAAGAAAAAAGAAAAAACAUACAUACACCUACUUGCUAACCACAUUUUAUUUUUAUGUGAGUCUUGGAGUUACAAUUUUUCCUUGAGAAGUAAGAGGCCGAAAGAAGAAGAAAAAAAAGAAUGGUAAAGAUUAAUAGCGUUAAUUAAUUGAAGUAGUGAAAUUUUGUUGUUUCUGGUUAACGACGCAAAAGUUUCAUCCCCUAAUGUGUAUGCUUCGUUCGUAGACAGCAAUAAAGAUUGUGCAAAAUAUUCUGCACUUGUAUUUUAUGUCACUGCGUAAAAGAAAUGAAAGCCAUUUUCUACUAACUUGGCCAGUAAAAUCCUUCCUCUGUCACUUCUUCUCACUUGUUUCUCGUCUCCCCUUCAGUUCACGCCCUCUGGACUUGGGCCACCAAGGGUGAAAUCCAUCGACCAGUUAUCCAAAUCCGAGAUCGACUUUGGUAUGGAAUUGAGAGGGGAGAGGGAGGGUUGGGUCUACUUGUAUCAAUGACGUACCGGGCUGCCUGUACUCAUUCGAGCGGGAUAAUUGCUUUGUUUUCAAAAAUAUAAAGCAGCGAAAACAAAGAAGUAAAACAAACAAGCAAAAGUAAGACUAAAACAAUGAACAAAACAAAACAAACACGGCUGAAGAUUGAUCUUGCAUUUGACAACUUUUAAAAAAUAACUUUUUGUGAAUAACUUUUACACCGUUUAAAAGGAGAAAAAGUUAGUCAGAAUAAAUUACCUUUUCGCUCUAAUCAAAGGCUGACGCUUGAAACGUCAGCUUUGAAACUCUUUACGUUGGCCAAUUUUACGUUAUCAGCUCAGUUGAUAUUUGAAUUCUGAAUGAAACGUUAUACUAAGUAUUUGAGAGAUGUCUUCAUUUGCAUACUUAUUAGACAAGUCGAUAUAGAAAGUACAAGUAUUGCGUGACAUUUUUAUGUCACGUUAUGAAAUUCAGCGGACAUUCCCUAAAGAAAACAAGAUGGCGAAGAAUGCUCAGUUUAGCGAGUGAUAUUUACGUUGCGCCUUUCUUUUUCUGUAAAGAGCAGCCUUUUACUUCGUAAGUAGAAGCCAAUUCCUGUCAUCGGUGAGUACAGUAAUAAAAUGUGCUCACUGAGAUUUCUUUCAUGUCAGGCGAAAACUUUUGUGGUUAAAAAAACAAUAACAAUCAGACCAAGGAAAGAAAUCGCAAAUCCUUUAGAUUUCAUACUUGAAGCUGACAUUCGCGUUUUGCUCUUAUCUUGCAGUUGUUCACCAUGUAUUCUGAAUGGGUUUCUCUUCGAAACACGCUACAGCGCGAUCGUAACAACAGGAGUGUUCUGAAAAGUUUUCCUCCUAAUGUUGGAAGCGAAGUUGUCCACACAGUAGUGAAAACUCUGACACAACCGGGGAAUCAAGAUUACACGACUCUAAAUACUGAGAAACAGUUUGACUGGGUCAUGGAAGUGUUUUGUUAUGGACUCACGCUUCAAAUGACGGAAAGCGAUGGCGAAAUUGUGAAGGGUUGUGUCAACAUUUACUUAGACUGGUUGUCGAUGCUUACAAAUCCCAAGAAAGGCAUUCCCGAACCGUUGCUGAAAGCGCCAGAUAAGUACGCAAAAGAGAUCUUUCAGCAUUUUCGUAACCUUUUCGUCCUGCGAGAAGAGGGUAAUCUGGCUUUACAAGUUUCGUUAUGUAUCAGAGUGUUGCAAGCAAUUCAAGCCACGGCUUCAGAGGCAAGAAUGUCGCCGCUAACAUGGGAAACCUUGCUCAAGUCCUUGAUGAUAAUUAAUGACAUGCUCUUGUCACCACCAAACAGAACAGGAGGUCUUGCAGAACUCUUGUGUGAGAAGCUGAUCAGUGUUUUGCUGGAAGUGUGGUUGUAUGCCAGCUGUCACCAUUUCCCAACGCCGUCAAUGUGGAAAACUCUGCAUGAGCUUUGCACGUCAUGGCGUCAUCAUAGCGCGAUGAUCAACCACUGGAGUAGAACAGCACUUGCUCUCACCAGAAGAGUCAUACAGUACAUGUAUGGUCCUAGCUUUCCCCUUCCUACUCUACCCCACAGGAAGAGUGAUGUCCAACUGCCAGUCAAUUUAGGCGAUGAAUGCCUCAUUCAGUGCUGGUUCCGGAUACUUCACAUAAUUGGUAACCCUGUGGAUCUUUGCAAGAAAGAGAUAAUCAGUGAUACUCCCAGAUUUAAGGAGUUUGCUUUGUCAAGUGAGGAAGUGAUUACACCUUCCUCUCAUCCUUGUUUGAAGGCACUUCCACAGAACUUCUUACAAGCAAUGAAAGGAGUAGCAGUCCUUGUAAAUGCCUUUCUCACCAUCACAACAACUCAGGAUGAGCCAGUGAAACACAUACCAAUCCCAGCUCCAACAAAAACUGCAACUCCGCCAACUACCAAGAAACGUGAACAGAAAGCCUUGAGUAUUGGUGUGGCUUUAGGUUUGAGUGAUGCCACUGGUUUAGCAUCAAGAUCUCAAACCCUGCCAUCAAGACCAAGUAGUGGUACAUCAUCCAGUAGUCUGCCACAUUUUGAGACCUUCCACUCAGAUUUAGCGAGUGUUCCGUCAUCCUCCUCACUGUUAUUCUCUACUUCAUUCAAAUCUGAUGCUCACAAACCAUCAGGAGAUAGUGUGCUCCAUUUGUUUGGAGCAUGGCUCUUUGAGGCUGUUUUUGCAAAACUGGACAUGGCAGCAAAUUUCAAGGCUCUUGGAAAGAUAUAUGAUGGGUUUAUAACAAAUUCUGGCCAAGCUGACACCGCAGGAGGGAUCAAAACAGGGUUCGUGAAUUGUGAAAAUUUAGAAAAAUUCAACAUCUGCAGAAAAUCACAUUUCUAAAUAAAAUUUCUACAAUGAAAUUACACUUAUUGUAUCUUUAUUCACUCUUAAACUCCCAAAAUCUAAUUAUUAAUUCUCCCCUCUAACUACAACACAUUUCCUUGUAAAUUAGUUACAAGAAUUUGUAGUCACCUAUAAAUCAAGAUAACAACUUCUACCUGAUAAAUUUGAGUAUUCUCGUUACCAGUGUAAUGGAUAAUCUUUGAAUAUUCUAGGGAGAACAUAUAUGGUAAUCACUUCUUGAAGUUGAAGGGUUAACUUUGAAUUUAUAGUGUUGAGAAGGGUGGCCAAGCCAUGGACAGCAGAUUUGAACCAGGCAGAGCUGAAGCAUAUGGUGCUCUGUGUCGCAUCUUUUGUAGCCAUUGUUCUGGUCAAGAGGUCCGCCCUGUCUACCUUUCCCGGUUUUAUUUAGCCUUGGCCAUUGGAUUGUUAUAUUCAGAGGUAAGAAGAUUCCAGGGUCAACACAGUUGUUUCUGGUGAGAGAUCAAUUUUUUAAUCUUCACCACCAGAUAUCUAAUUACAAAAAAUAGCAACUGCCUCAGGAAAAUUUGACAACCUUUUUUGGUACUUAUGAGUAGCACUUUAUAAUGAUAUAUUGUUUUUCAAUGAUAUCUUUCAGUCCUGCACUGGUCAUGUGCUCUGUAGCAUCUUACUGAACUCAGCUGAUCUGUUGAGAGUGGAUCUGCAGGGAGUCCAGGUGUUGUUACCACACCUUAUUACAGCACUUGAAACUGUACUGCCAAGAAAUGACAUCCAAAUCAGGUAGAACAAUUAAGUUUAACACAGGUUCUCAGUAGUAGUGCAGAAAGCAACCAUCAUCUCAUAAUGGCAUGUUAUCAGAUUCACUGAUCAACACAAUUAUAGCUGAUUGAAUUGAAAGAUGAAUGCUGAUAUCACUAUGCCUUUAUUGCCAAUAUGUAUGAUUAGCAAGCUAGAACUAAAAUUUUGGAAUCUUAAGCCCUUAGAGGGCUUUAAAACAGACAUUGAUUGAUCUGGCAUUGCAGGAGACAGUUAUAUUUCAGUCAAUCAGUCAGGGAAUUGGUCAGUCAAGCAGUCAGUUGCAAUAACAUUUAGACAGUUAGAAAGACAGACAGACAGGCAGGCAAACAGAUAUUAAAAAUGAAGGAAUAAUUGUUUUAGUUGAUUAGCAAGUCAGUCAGUCAUUCAUUAAAAAAAUGAGAAAUGUGUCUUUUUCAACUAAGUUGAGGAUGUGAAUUGACCACCAUAAAGAGUUUCUAAAGGUGAUGUUUUGAGCAACAGGCCUUUGUUAGAUUAAAUCAAUUUGAUGUGGCCAGAGGGCUCAAAACUAGCAGCUUGGCUUGGCCAAUCUACGACUCACUAGAUCAAAUUAUUUUGUAUUACCCCUCACAGACGCAGCACCACUGACAGUUUCUUCAGAAACUUACUCUCUUCAUUCCAAAAAGAAGCCUUGAAUAGUUUAUCAAUAGUCACUCAGUAUGUCUCUGUCAGUCCAUUGAUAAGCUUGUUAGCCCAAAUGUCCCACAAUCUGGGUACAUUCAUUGAACUGAAAUCUUGAUCUUUCAUCUAGACACUUAACCCUUUAACUCUCAAGGUUUCAUUGGUAAUUCCCCUCAUUUUCUGCCAUACAGUUCUUGUGAUGUAAGUUUGGAGAAUUUGGAAUUGGAUCAACCAAUGAUCCCCUAAUUGAUAUUUUUCUUUAUUCUCAUUACUUGUCUGCUUGAUAUUGUACUAAUAGUGUAAGGAGAAAUUCUGUCUUGGUCAAUAGUGGGACUCAAAGGGUUAACAUUAGGGAGUUUAAUAUGUCACUAUGGUGACUAGUGGUAAACCACUGCUGAAAAAACAAAAUUUGUUUUUCUCUAAGAUUUUCACCAAUAGUUCGAUGUGUUAACUGGUUCUAAGUUUUAAAAUGCAUGUGUUUUGCUAAUUGUUUUGCUCCUCAGAUCUUAUACACAUAACAGCAAUAGCAAUUACAAAAAAACUUUUUUUUUUGGACAAAUAAUUAGUGAAUUGAUGGCAGUGAAAUCAGGUGAUCAAUCCUGGUUAGAUGAACAGAAACUCAAAGGGUUGUAUGCAAGCUUGGUCACCACACUUAAUCUACCGUUAAUUUUGGAAGCAAGAUGUGAUUUCUUGUACAGGUAUGCAGUUAGUUAUUGAAACCCAUCAGAUAGACAGCAGUUAGUCAGUUUAUCCAUCCUUCUGUGCACUAGUCCAGUAUCUCUGUUGAUCAGUAAGCCAGUUUGCAGCAAAUGGUUUCUGUAGCUUUUUCCAUAUAAGGCUACUGAUGGUGUAAGAGGCUGGUGUGCUCAGAAAGAGGACCAAAAGCAAAAACCAAACACAAGAGCUUGCUCACAAGAUAAACAGACAGUGGUAAGGGGGGUCACAGGUAGCAUUGGACAUCUAUUGAAACCCCUGAGUCAGUUACAAUUUUUGAGAGCCAGUUAGUAUCAUGAUUUAUAUCCCAUGCUUCUUCCAGUUAACCUGUCAGUCAUUAUUGAGAGAGACAGUUUGCUCCAUCUCUAAUUUCAAUCAGUGAGCCAGUCAUUUAUAUGUAGCCUUUGUGUCGGUACAUCUGUCCUUCAGACAGUCAAGUAAUCUGUCAGUCUUUCAGACCAUUAGUUAUUCUGUCCUUCAGUUACUUGAUCAGUCAGUUAGCUUUAUAGUGAAGAUAACUGUAAUAAAAAUUCAUUGAGUGAACCUAAGUCUAAACAUAAAUAUACUUACUGUUAUAUUGUUACUUAACUUCCUGACCUAGUUAUAUUCAGAUGCAGAGAACUUUUAGUUACUUUGUACUAAUCCAUUGCCACUAUGUCUCUGUGUGAAAACCCUGAAUACUGUGUCAAAAGAUAAACACACUGUGUAAAAAUCCUGGUAUCAGAUAAUUUGAUGUUAUCAAUUGAGAUAAAUGUAAAUUGGCCACCGUUGAGAGUUUCUAAAGCUGAUUUUCUGAGCAUUAGCCCUUCAUCAGAAUGAAACUAGAAAUUCUCAUGUCUAAUUUACAUUAUUAAUGCAGCACAUCAGUCUCUCUGGAAACUUAUCCGCUUUAAUUGUCAAAUUGAUCUCAGAUAUUCUCCUUUUUCUGUCACUCAUUCCCUCAGGUGUAAAGUGUCCACCACUGAGCUUCGAAGAGCUGCCAUCCAUCUCCUGUUAUCCAUGCUUUGCUUACCGCUGCAUUUUCAGGAUCUUGACAUAAAAGGUUAGAUGAGAAAUUAUGAUUAAUGAUUGAUAGAGUGAGUGCGUGUCUGAGCUUAUUACAUAUUGAGUGUUGUAAAAUGAAACCACAGUAAUCACAGUAACCAAUCAGAGCAAAGGAAAAUAUUGAAAGGAAACAAUUAGAAUCCCAAGUUAAAACAAUUAACCUUUUCACUCCCAAGAUCUCAUUAGAAAUUCUCCUUACUGUCUGCCACACAAUUCCUAUGAUGUUAGUUCUGAGAAUUUGGUAUUGAAUAAACUAAUUAUCUCCUAGCUGAUAUUUUUCUUUAUUCUCAUCACUUUUCUGUUUAAUAUUGUUUUGAUUUGGUAAGGAGAAAUUAUGUCUUGGUCACAUAUGAGAGUUAAAUGAUUAAAUUGCCUAAAAUGAAAAUGCGAGUUACCAAGUCACGCUUGGUUUUAGUUUUGAAUCUGACUAGUUGAGAAAGUUAGGGAAUUUUCUCAGAAAGAGGGUGACAUAAUGGCUUAAUGCAGUGGACCUGUGUUGAGAGGUCUGGUGUUGAGACCUGGAAAGGUCAUUGUGUUUUGUUCUUGAAAAAAUAACUCUUUUGUUACUUUCACAGUGCUUCUCUCCUCCCAGGAGGUUAAAUUGGUACCUGCAAAGUUAUCAGAGUUUUCUGGACCAAUCAUAUGAAUAGCAAAGUGAUGCAAAACCAAAUCAAUCUUUAAUUAGUUUAGACACUCAAUUGAAAUUGUUCCAAUCAAAUUGUUAUCAUGAGUUCUUACACAAAAUUGGACAAAUCAUACUUCACCUUGCAUUAAAAAUGGCCACGUAUGACACAGUGUACAUCUUGAAAUUAACUUGUUUUGUUAUAAGCUGUUUUGCAAUGUGUUCUUAUUGUAGACAUGACAGCAGGAUGGAGGAAGAAGCACACUGCUAGGCAGGAGGGGCACGAUGAACACCAGUCCCUGACAUUCAUCUCCUUGAAGCCAAGGCUCAUUCGACUGCUGCUAGAAGCUCUUCAGUGUGAAUCGGACUCAUUCAAUGUUCAGAUUCUUUUGGGAGGUUUGUAAUACAGUGGAAAGUUUGAAUUCUGAAGGAAACUAUUUUCUUUAAAUUUCUAGCAGGGAGCUGGAGGAAAACUUUAAUUUAAACUCACCUCUUUUACAAGCAAUCAAAAAAAUUCUACUUCUGAAAUUGCGAACAUUCUUCUUCAUGGUAGCAGCAGUGAUUGGUUUCCCAACACUGUCUUAUCUUUUAGAGUUGCGUUAGCUAAACGGUAAGCGCUGUGGACUCAAGGACGAGAGGCACUUCAAUAAUGAUAACGAUAAUGAUGAUAAUGAUGAUAUUGAUAACAAAUAUCAUAGUUCAUAGAAAGACUUUAUCUACAGAGGAUAACACUAAACAGUUAAAAACUGGUAAACAUGUGGCCCUCUUUCUUAAAUUCUCUCUCUAAUUAAUUCAUUUAUUUAUAUAUUUACUAAUCUAUGUAUUUAUCUAUUCACAGGAAUGUCUCUGCUGAUUCAAGACAGUGAGACGGCUGAAUCCCUUGGGAUCUCCUCCCCCAAGAUAGACUCGGUAAGUCAUGGAGUGGAAAGGCCACAGGCCUCCCAGGAAAACAGGCGCCGAGCAAGCACUGGAAGCAGCUCAGUGUCUGAGACAGGAAGUACGAGUGAAGUGGACAGUGGCAGCAGGAUUCAGUACGGUCAGCCUUUCAACAAAUCUUAUGGUACGUGUAGGUAUAAUAAUGCGUUCGCUGAAGUAUCAAUCCGUCUUGAAGUAUCAAUCCGUCCGUUAAAGAGAAGUGAUGACCUGCUGAAAAUAGCGUCCCCCCACCCCCUUUCCUUUAUCCCCCCAGCAAAAAGUAGCGACCCCCAUAAGAAAUGCGUAUAAUAUUUUCUUUGAAGCUCAAAACAAGAUGGCAAUUCAACGGAAUACCCGUAGUUCAAGAAACUUUGUGUUCUGGAAGUCUCAAGUUUUCCGCUUAUCUUUGCUUCCAGUGGGAGUGUCAAUUUCUUAUCAUAAAUUUGCGUCACAGCAUUUGUUAGAAAUUUGCUCCCGAUUGGCCAAAAGUAAAUCCAUCUGCGCAUGCUCGACGUUAAACCGUUUUGUUAAGCUGGCAGAGGUGCGAGUCUUCCUUGAGGACUCCAUUUCUGCCCCACAAAGCUUGUGUCAAACGUUUAAUUUUAAUUUUAAUGAAUAAAUUUUUUCCAGACCACUCAACUGUUCAAGGUCUGUUUGUACAGUUGACACACCUUCUGUGUAACAAGUUGGUUGUGAUCAGAAGCAGUCGUUGGAAAUCUGACGUUCACAUCACUUUGGCUGCCUUUGAGCUUCUGUCAGGCUUAGCAAAGCUCAGUAUGGGUCAUCUGGGUAAUUAAUUUGCUGUGUUGCAGGCACUUUGAAGUAUUCGCGUUAUUUCCAAAGGUUAAGGUCUUUGAUACUGCUCUGUAUUAGUUAAGGUGUUUUUCUGAGUUUUACUGAAACUUCGUUAUGAAAAAGAGCAGAGCUUUAACAAUAUUUACCAUUUACCGUUGCAUAGCAAAGUCAAUUAAUCAAACUCGUCCUAAUUUCCUCAGUGGUCACUAUCUCUAGACUAACCGUUUUUAUUUGUUUGUUUGUUUGUUUUUGUCCUAUUUUGCUGUAAAAAGAUCUUGUGAGCAGGCCUUUAUUAUAAGCGUGAGCGUAUGAGGCCUGUAGCGACGCAAGCCGAGAGGUGUGCGAGCGGUCUGGUAUCAGACCCCUAGCAAAACUAUCUCUGACUCGUCUCCAAUCCCAAAGCGUUAAUGAUAAGGGCCUGGCAGCGCAAGCUAUAGAUCUUUUAAAUUGUUUGGUCCUGUCUCCUGUUUCCUACGCUUUCUUGUUUCUUCAGAGAUGACUUUAUUUAUUUAUUCAUUGGUUUAUCUAGGGUGCAGUAUCGCUCAGGUUGAUAUGUUUAGCGUGAUAUCUGCUUGUACUAGAUGACUUUUGAUCAUCGCUUAAGCCUGACUGGUGCCUUUUGUCAAUUUUUUUUACCGUGAGUCCAGUUCCUAGUAGUAGCUUGGUCUUGAUUUGCUUGCUCUAUUUUUAGAUCAAGGUGAGUGCAAGAGUACAAUCCACUGGCUGUGUGAUUACAUCACUUACCAAGCCAAUAAGAAGGCCAUACACCACUCACGUGAUCUUCACUCCAUGAUCGUAGCCGCUUUCAGCUGCCUUCAGUCUUGGAUUAUGUCGCAUCCAUGGCUCUUAGACAGCCAGGUAAUAAGACUGAUAGACGUAAUGACUGACUGACUUAACAAUAAUACGUCUGUCCGUCAUUGCGUGGGUCAGUUUGUCUGUAUGUCUGUUUGCGGUCAGUGUUGAACAGGCAGUCAGUUAGUUAGUCAGUCUGUUAAUUAGUCAGUCAGUUAUUUUUUCAGUCAAUCUUUCAGUCCAUCAGUGUGUCAGUCUGUCUGUCGGUCAGUUAAUCUUUCAGUCAAUCAGUGUGUCAGUCUGUCUGUCAGUCAGUCAAUCUUUCAGUCAAUCAGUGUGUUAGUCUGUCAGUCAUUCUUUCAGUCCAUCAGGGUGUCAGUCUGUCCGUCAGUCAGUCAAUCUUUUAGUCAAUCGGUGUGUCAGUCUGUCAGUCAGCCAGUCAAUCUUGCAGACGGUCAAUGUCUCAGUCAGUCUGUCAGUCUGUCAGUUCGCCAGUCAGUGUGUCACUUUGUCAGUCGUUUGGUCAGUCAGUCAUUGCGGUAGUCAUCAUUUUGCUAGUCUGUUACUCGGUUGAUCGAUGUGGUGUUUAGCACCCUUCAACAAACUGAUAUCCUAUGGAACCAUUGAGUUAAAACUAGUCAGAGUUCUAAAAGUAUUUUGUUGGGUUGACAAGACAGUAUCACUAUAAAUCAAAUAUAAAGUCAGCAAAUAUUGUUGUUAGUGCAGGUUAAUAACAAAGGAGUACUUUGAAGUCAGGAACUUCCGUAUGUCAAUAAAAUGUUUCUUGGUGUAUACGUUUGUAAAUAAUACCUUCCCAUUAAUUUUUUAUCUCAUUCUAGGGCUGUUUACAUGUCGUCAUGGAAGUGGUAGAGCUUGGAAUUUCCGGAAGCAAGUCGAACGAAAUUUCAAGAGUGAGUAAAAUGUUACAAAUAUUUGUUUCAAGCUUAUAAAAGAUACGACCGAACCAAACUCAUUUGCGGGAAAUUUUGAGGCUGGUUCUAAGAACGGAAAGACAAAUGAUGUAAAGAGCGAGAAAAGUCGCAAAUUCAGAUUUUCUCUUGUGUGAAAUGUUCAACCUCUGUCUUGACAAAUUGUCUUAAUUUUCUUCCUCUUAGGACCCUCAGCUUGGAACGGACGCGGCUCCCCGCCUGAAAGGUAUGAUAGUGGACAUCUCCACCGUAGUACCUCGAGAAAAAUAAACGAUUGGAUGAUUUUUGCCAACUUCACAGUCUUACUUUGUUGAUUAUAAAAAGGCUAUUGAUUAAACCCAUUGGGAGACAGUUGUACGCUGCCACGAUUAUCAUGCGAGAGAUUAUCUUCAGUGACGAGAAAUGCGUUUAGGUAGUCUCCCUGAAGAAGAAAUAGCUGGAGGAAAAAGCGUCCUCAUCAGCCUUGAAGCACGCUUCUUCAAUUCACUCGCUUUCCGAACGCUUUCCAGUUAUUUGCUCGCAAGGUAACGUUCGUGCGUCUUUCAGGUGACAAAGAAUUAAAACCAGUUUCAUUCCGUGUAAGAGAAGCUGCUGAAGGAAUGCUUACAGUCAUUAUGGAACACUUGGUAUGUUAUCACUGUCCGGUCAUGGCUUCCUGUAUGACCAGCUUGUAAGGAUGAAGUGCCCUGAGUAUUUUGUAUGUGCCCUUGUUCAAAGUCGUUAUGGAUGUCGUCCUAGAAUACGCGCGUUUUUUGUUCAGACAUCAAGAAUCGCGAACCCAAUUUUUUGAUCCGACUUUUCCUGCCCUCUUUCCCUCUUACCUUGUGGUUUAAUGUAUUAUAUUUCCUCGAAAAACAAAUGUAGGUUUAUUAGUUUAAAAGACAUUGAGAAAGGAAAGGCGAAAACGUUAUCUUUAUCGUGUUAAGUAGUAAUAUUUUUCCGAUUAAGCUAUCACAUGUCUGACGAAAUGGUCUGAGCAGGUUGCAGCGAGUCCGCGAUUGUGGCCAAAUUGAUCGCAUCUUACCAUCACGCUGAUGAUUCACCUCCGACCUCUUGAUAAAUCUGUCUUUAAUAGGGAGCUUUUCCAUCCCCGUGCGGUCCGGCAGCGUUAUCGUCUCUGCUAGAUGAGGAAUGGGUUUUGAAGCACGUUCAGUCGAAUGAUUCAUCAAGAGAGGUAAAUUCAGAAAUACCGCGGUCUUUUAUGGAAAUAUUUUGAGUAGAAUUUUAAGUGAUGCUUGCGAAGUGUCACGCUUCCUGCAGUAUAUUUCAUGACAGCUCAGGCUCACGCAACGUUUAAUGAUUUCGUUUGACUCAGUCACACUUCCUUCACCGAUUUCUACUGAACGUCCUCUUUAUUAGAAAAAUUUAUGAACAUGUAAAUUAUUAAUAAUAAUUUACCUGCAAUAUUAUUAAUAAAAAAGUGUGAUUCUAAAAAAAUUUGAAGCACGUUCAGUCGAAUGAUUCAUCAAGAGAGGUAAAUUCAGAAAUACCGCGGUCUUUUAUGGAAAUAUUUUGAGUAGAAUUUUAAGUGAUGCUUGCGAAGUGUCACGCUUCCUGCAGUAUAUUUCAUGACAGCUCAGGCUCACGCAACGUUUAAUGAUUUCGUUUGACUAAGUCACACUUCCUUCACCGAUUUCUACUGAACGUCCUCUUUAUUAAAAAAAAUUUAUGAACAUGUAAAUUAUUAAUGAUAAUAAUUUACAUGCAAUAUUAUUAAUAAAAAAGUGGGAUUCUAAAAAACUGAAAUUAGAAGGUCAAAAAUCUAAGAUUCUUGUUAGAUGUUAACCAACAGAGCUACGAAGCCUCAUUUUGGGAACGAGGCGUAUUUUAGAGGGUCCUUGGCUCCCUAAGAGAUAUGCGCCCACAAUAAAGCCUUAAAAUUUUCAGGCUUCUUCUUUGCAAUAUUUUCAAUUUAGACUCGUCGCAAAUUCCAGUACUAUGUGAUACAGGACAGUUGCAUUAUCAUGGGAUUACUGGAAGAAUCUUUAAGAGAUAAAGGUAUUUAACCGCUCUCCUUCCCUAUAAUGUUACUCAAGAGCGUAGUGGAGGUUGGAGUUUCAACAGGAGAGUGCUGCAGCUUGGGACCUUAGUAGCCACGCCCUUAAUGCUCUCUGAAUUAACGGGUGUAAGAAUAGCACAACUCAAUAUGGUUUUAAGUAAGCUCUCUAAUAAGCAUAUUAGAGAGCUUACUGUUAACUGUUAUUUGAGACCGCUGGAUUCCUUGAAAUACUCUGAAAACAUAGGAUCAUUUGCACAUCGACUGUUAUUUUAAGUAAUUGCGCCGUUUCCUGAUUGAAAGACUAUAAAAUUGCUGCCGUUGUUCCUGCCACUACGUCAUUAUCGCCGCGGCAAAAACCCGUCCUGCAUUGUUAAUGGCUAUCGCGUUUUUUCGCCAAAAUAAGGUGACUUCCGUAUCUAAUGUACUGCACUGCAUGUUAUCCCCUCUGUACAUUGUUUUUUUUUUAAUCGUUUUCUUAUGUAUUUAUUUUCCAGACCCGUUACCGGCUUUGUCAUCAGUUAUACGUGGCCCUGCUGGUCGAUAUGUCUGGACCAUGCAGUUACGUCAGUUCUCUAGGGAGAAAAAUGUACGGUUCUUUGAUUAAAAGUUUGCAUAUAUACCUCUAAUUAGUUAUUGUAUAAAGAUGAGAUGCCCCUCCAGGUCAUAGCCACAUAGUUAGAUUGCCUUCUGGUUGUCCACCUCCUUCAUUUCGCUGUGAGUACGUCCAACUUCUUGCGAAAAGCCCGUCUGUGACUUUGUUGAAUUCACUUGGUUACGUUUGCUUAACGAUGGCGGAUGGAUAAGUCCUUUUAAGUUAAGCCACAUCUGUGCAGUGCAAGGACGUUAAGGACAUAAUGCAAAACGAUUUUAAGAAUUUGAUUCACGUUAUUCGUCGCCAUGAAUGCGUUUGUGUCUGUUUGUUGUUGAAACUGAGAAUUCCUUUGUUGAAAUACGGGUAAAAUUGAAUAAAUCUGAGAUCUGAUGUUGAUUUUUUUUCUGCAAUUUUUUAAAUUGCAGCUCACCAACUAGAAUCUCUUAUUUACUUUUUUUCAAUUUUUUUGUCAUUAUAUUUUGUUCUAGGACCUCAUAGAGGCCCACUUGAAGGACCCAGGCCGUCCGUCGCCAGACAAAACUCAGCCUCGCUCGCCACUGAACCUUAAACACAGGGCCUUUCCUGAGGCUGUGGAUUCAGUGCCUCUUACUAAGGCGUAAGUAAACAAGUUAACUGGUUAAAGAAGAGGACGUAGCGUGGAGGAAUACCAUGCAUUGGUUGUGUCAAAUGAGCGGCAUCAUUUAGUCAAUUUUCCUUUUUUCUCUUUGGUUGAUUUAGGGACCGCAGUAUACCAGAACUCGACCAAAUUCUGGAUGCGAAGUUAAGUGAAGUACAGGAUCAUAUGCGGACACUGAUGCAGAAACAGGUUAGAUUAGAGUGUAAUUCUGUUAGUGUAUGACUUCAAUUUUGCCAGUAUUUGCCUCUAGGUUGGAUCAAUGUCAUUAUCUGAACAACUACGACGAGAAAUUUUCGUCCAGAAUUGGAGGCUUCCAUUAAAAUCUUUUAAAAUAAAUUUUUGAAUUUUCUUUCAUCAGCUGGAACAUGAAACUGUUGCCCAGUCAAAACUAGACGAGGAAGAAGCCAGGGUGAAGUUUCCCGAUGAAAAGACAGAAAUCAAACCACCCCGGUAAACAUGCACGAUGGGAACGCGGGAAGGGGGCAAAGGAGGGGAAGCUUUUAAAAAAAAAAAAUACUUAGUGUUUUUUCUUCUUCUUAGAGUUUGAUGAUUGGAUGCUCUACAAAUAAUUGAUAAAACUAUCCCAAAAAGGCUUUUGAACUAAGGAAUCAAUACACCCGGACUAAAAUUCAACUUUAAGUUAGUGGUAAUCAGCCUCCGAGAAACGGGCCUCGGUAACUUCGUAUUGUUUAAGGACUGAUGUGUUCCAUACCCUAUUUAAGCUAAUUUAGCGCUUGUUGUGUACAGAAGCGAUACGUAACAAUUGCAUAUAAUUCUGUUAUAGUGCUUAGAUAGCUUGUGUCACCGGCCUAUUUUCAGAGAGUGACCACAUGGUACUUUGUUCGCGGAAAGAGUGACCACCAUUUUGAAUUCUUAUAUAGAAAUUAUGACCGCGGGUGAGGUAGGGUGAAGGAGGGGAGGGGAGGCCUGGUAUGCUAUUGUUAGUGUAUUGAACUAAGAUGUGCUCCUAUAAUGACACUUGCAAUGCACCUAAACGAUAAUCAUGCCUCGAACACUUGUACCACUUUGCAGGCCGUGUCAGGAUUUUAGUCCGUCUCGUUUGCUGUUAUCCCACUUUGGACUGCUUACCAUUGAAGGACUGAAGGUAAACAAAGCCAAGAUUUUACUUAUUGUUUGCUGUGAAUACCCAAAGUAUGGUUAGAGAUAUGUUUGAGUUUUAACAAGAUGACAAUUUAUGGCGUCCCUUUUCCCCAGUCCUUUAUAACCUUUGAGAAACACAUUGAUGAAGACGGCGAAGGUCUAUGCAUGUUACACAGAUUUGCUUGCCCCCAGUUUAAACAAAAAAUGUUUUUUGCCAUCGAUCUGCGACAAUUAUAAGGCUCUGACACUGAGUUGACCUGGCUAUGUGACUUCAAGAAAUUAGAGUUGCGAAAUAUUAUUAUUUUUUUCCUUUUGUAUCGUAAAAGUGUCUGUAUUCCUCAGGCGUUGCCAUAAAAACAGAAUUUCAUUAGACUAUCAGUAAACGUGAUAUCAGAGUUGAGAAUUACUGAUACCAAAGGGAAUGAAGUGUAACUAUAAAUGUGAUAACACUAGUAUCCUUUUUUGAACAUAAACGAGGCUUAAAAAAAAAUAGAUUUCCUUUAUAGCUCCCUUCAGACCGGAAAAGUGUGCUGCAAUGGAAGCGCUCCCUGAAUUCUUUUCGCGGGCUUGAGGUCUUAUGAGAAGUGGCAUUGAUGCUGGCGCUCGUCCUUACUCUGCAAGAAUUUUAUGAUUCUUCCGUUUUCUUCAUCUACGACAAUUAAUGUCACAAGCUGCAAUUUGACCUGGAAUCAGUGGAGUAUAAACCGUUGCUAAAUCAAAUUUCUUCACUUUGUUUGUUUACCUUUCCAGGGAAAUCCUAUCCGACCAUUUGAGGAGGCGAGCCUGUUAGCGCUAAACUCCACAUCAGAGGGACUCUCUAAAGCUCUAAAGGAACUGGAUCAGGUCUCCACCCGCACACAAGAUACUGUACUGGUGUUCUACGUGAAAGCAGAGCAGGGAAACGCCCACGAAAUAAUAGAAAACCAGGUGAGACAUCAAUGAAGUGAAACAGAACCGCAUGCUGCAAUACUUUUGAAAGAAAUGAAGUACUGAUCUUUAGGUUAUCUUAUGUAGAUCUUCGCCGUUGGUGAUGUGCUUUCCCGCGCUUUCUUUCGCCUCAGGCUUCUUCCGCGUUGGCAAUGGCUAUGUGUUUUCCCGCGCUUUGCAUCGCCUCAUGUCUCGCACUCGCUGGUCGUCUGUAUUGGUUUCCCAUGCUUUGCAUAAUCUCACGCGCUUCGCUUUUUAUCGGCCCCGAGUUUCUUGCGCAUAUCAGCUUUCCAUUUUAUGAAUAUUUUUCCUUAUUGUCCCUUUUUAUUUCCUUGAGAGUGGUUCCAAAAUUCUUCUUCUGAGUUGUGAUUCGUCUGCAAUGUCAUUUCUGUUCAUUUUAUUAUCACAGAUUAACACCUGUAAGCACUCAAAAGCUUUCAGAGAGUUUUUGCUUUCCCUGGGAUGGCCUGUUGAUGUGGCCUCGCACCCAGGAUGGUCGGGAAACAUCCAAGAGGCUUGGAACCGAAACAGAAAUGAUGACGACACUGUCACGCUGCGCCAGCGUGACAGUCCUCUCCAGUCCUCUCAAAGCGUCUCGACUCUUACAAGCAGCGAAGAACGAGACAUAUCUGGCAACAGUAGCGAUAGAUACACAUCCUGUCUCGACAGUUUUGAUAGCAAAGCCUCCAGUAGCGGAAAAGAUUCUCCAGCGAUGAAUUCUACAGCUACUCGUGUGCCUCUAGAAAAGAUGGCCGACGAAAUAUUUUAUUUUGCAGACGUGAGCUGCGAGGUUGCGUUCAUUGUACCUUCUUUGUUACCAAGUUAUCAGCGUUUCCGCCAUAUGGCUUCACAUGCUGAGAGUUGGGAAGAUCUGGGGUAUGCACCGAGAAAAAGGACUCGAUCGGGCAGCACGGGGAGCUUGGAAACUAUUAGCAGUGGUGGUGGCAGUCAAUUCGAUGUCAGAAGCAAAUUUUCUCGGAAAGUGUCGGAAGGGCCUGGAUACGAGGUAAAUUGGCUGAAACAAAUAAUUUUCCUUGUGCUUUUCUCACAAACAGGUGGAGAAAGCCUCUUGAUACAACCCUCGAACGUGUGAUUUUGAAGGCAACAUUUUUUUUCUGUCAGUGCUAAGUAAGAAUGAAUAACAACGUGGAGAUUGAAUCAGUUUAAAGAAUUUGCCAAAGUGAAAAACGUGGGAGAAUACGUUUAAGUUUGGCACAGAUUUUGAAAAACGUUGAAAAUACCUUAUUGGUUUUUGCCUGGUGUAGUUAGCUUUUGUUUAUACUUCUUUCUAGAACAUUUCUAGGCUGCAGACAAGACAAUUUGGUAUAGUAAGAUCAUUCCGCAAGGUUUUUUAGGCUAAAGCACUUUUCGAUUGAGCAAUCACGACAGCCAAUCAUAGGAAGGAAAACAUUACCCGGGGGCCAAUGAGAAAUCGAAAAAAAAAAAGUAAAAAUGUCCGAAGCGCUCACAAGACGUGCUACGCUUACCACCGGAUAUGAGUUUAAUUUUUUGUAUAGUUUUAUCUACCCCUCCAACGACCGGGACCAGAUCUUGUGAUCAAAAGUGGCUAAGACUUCGAUAUUUGUGUACUGUCUCUACUUUGCGUAGUGCCUCUGGUAACGAGUGGUUUAGGGUGCUUUUCUAUGGGUGAUCACAAAAGGCAAAUCAAACGGUGACAUGUUUGUUACUUUGUCAUAAUAGAUUUUGUUUGUUUUUCGCUUUUAGUUCCAACAUCGGACCAUGUCAACUCUCGGGCAUUCCUUGUCCUUAGACAGUCGACCGCUGUCCAGAUUAAGCACCCACAAUACCUCUUCGGAGACAAACGUAGUGGUGGCGUGGCUGGAGCGAUUUGAGGAUCAUGCGCAGUUCCCCGUGGAUGAUCUUUUAAUGGAGUUUGACAUCUGUUGCAGUGAUUCAACUCGAAGUUUGUUCGAUAAAGAAACGGUAGUUAUCUUCAUUCACCAUCUCAGGAGCGGUCUGUACCGCAUUCAUAUCAGGUCCACCAUCAGGUAAAUAACACCUUCUUAAUGCCUCAGCGAAUAUCAAAUUUACGAAUAGGCGUGUUUCUAAUCUACGAACUUUUCUUAAUAUUAUGUUAGGUCUCCUAUUGGCGGACCACUCGUAGACGGUAUGGUAGUUAGCCGCCGAGUCCUGGGUACCAUGGUGCGACAGACCGCUCUCAACAUUCGUCGACGGCGCAGGCUGGAGAUUGAUACGUAAGUUGACUUUGAGAUUUUUUCGUUUUGGCUUUGUUUUGUUUGUCUGUUUUUGUGUUUGUUGGUUUUGUUAUUGAUUCUGUUUUGUUUUGGUCUUGUAAUGUUCUUCUCUGUUUUUGCUUUGUUUCUUUGUUUCUUUUUCAUUUGCCGUCCUUUGUUGUGGUUUUUGUUUGUUUGUACUCUGAAUUAUUUUUUGAGCGCAAUACCGUUGGUGUGAAAGUAAUUUUAUUUUUCAUUUUGCAGAUAUUCCCCUCCUCAGGUUUGCCGUAAACUGAAGAUUCAAGACAUAGUCAAGAAAUUCCGUCAUCAAUAUUCGGUUCCUGAUUUUUAUGUAUCACUGUUUCGAAAUGGAGUUAAAUAGUUUUGCUCAUGCUAGAGGAGAUUUAAAUUGCGUUCCGAAAGUCAUCCGGGAUUGUUUUGGUUUUACUUUAUUUUGCUCUGGGAUUGGUCCACUUUCUCAACCAAUCACAGGCAAAACUAAAACCAAUCACGACUUGGUCGCCUGCGUUUUCCCGCGCUUUGGGCUGUUUGGUUGUUUUUGUUGUUGUUUUUUUUACUUUGAAUUCACAUUUGGUCUAAACGUAUUUGCCUUUCUUUGUUACUGCUUUGAUUUAUUUUUACGACACUCUAAUCGUAAAGCGCUUUAUCAGCAUCCUGUGAAUCAAUCACAAGUCAAUCCAAAGAGUUUGUCUUCUGAUCUCCGAACAGUGUGUUUUUAUGAGUCAGUGAAACAGAACUUUGGAGUGAGGACGAGUUAUCCUUUCAGUGCACAGAUACUUUGAGUUAAUUGGCCAGUAUUGAUUCCUCGCUUCUUUCAGCUCUAUAGUCUCCAAUUUCAAACCUCCUACAACCAAUAAAACUUAUUUAAGACGACUGAAAGUACGAGAUAUCCAGGAUAAAUAUACAAGUUGACCCCUAGUCUCAAGAAUGCGACAAAGUUUUGUUACCAACCGCUGUUCGGUCAGUGAGCCCACGCUCAUACUAGUUUCCAUGGUGCGCUUUCAAGAUUCCCGCAAGUACAUUUAUUUGAUAGUUUAGCGCGUCAAAAGACGU